UAUAGCCAGUAAUUUCAGGGUCCUUGAACGCAAACCGGAAGACAGUUUUCAUUUCCCAUUGCUUUAGCCAGUUGGUUUCAUCUUAAUAUCUAGCGGUUUCUUGCCUUUGGAAAAAUGAUGUUGUCUAUAUUCAAUUCCAUUCCUACACACAUGGACUACAAAGGACAGAAACUAGCAGAACAGAUUUUCCAAGGGAUUAUACUCGUUUCUGCAAUUAUUGGAUUUAUUUAUGGCCUGAUCAUUGAACAGUUUGGCUGGACUGUGUACAUAGUACUGGCAGGUUUUGCCCUUUCUUCUUUGCUCACUCUGCCACCUUGGCCCAUGUACCGGAGAAAUCCUUUGACUUGGCAGCCUGUAUUGCCAGAAUCACCGGGAGAUGGGCGAGAGAAGACUCAGGAAAACACCAAGAAGCCGCGGAAGCACAAGUAGUGCAUUACUCCGUUCAGUUUAAUGGUGUUUAUCCCAAGGAAACCGGCUUUAUUACCCUGCAAGUCCAACACACAGGGAAAUAACGGCUACACCUGGAUAAUCAUUCACCGUUUUCUUUCACCAAAAUGUUUUUUUUAAUCCAUGUGUCUAAUAAAUUCCACCAACGAAAACCA